UUUAUUAUUCGUGCAUUAUUUUUUUAUAAUGACGUGUUUUUCAGUGGUCUUGACGAUUAUAAAACGGUAAACACAAUUUAUUAUAAAACAUAAUACGACUGAAUACUGGUUCAUACAUUCAACAGCAAUGUCGGAUUCGGAUGGGGAAUUCGAGAGUGCGGACGAGGACAUCAAAGGCAACCAAGGAUGGGAAGUGGAAAGCGAUUUGGAUUUGUCAGACAACGAAACAUCUGUAAAGAAUGUAAAUGUGGUAAAAAAUAUACCCGAACACGGUGAUCCUUCAAACGAAAAACAACAAGAGAACUGUAGUGAAGAAAGUUCGAUACAAACUGCGGAAAAUAUUCCACCCCGUUUAGAAAAAUUUGACAGUUCUAAUGAGAAGAGCAAUCAUGCAAAGUCUGAACAACCUAGUUCUCCUGCCCAAAUAGAAAAACUCUCAUCUCAAAUUAAUAAACUAACCGUGGACGAAAGUAGUAACUCAUCUCAACAACCGCCUGACAACCAAAACCGAGAUUCCGAAAAUGAGCCAAAGGCCACCAGUGUCGGAAGUUCACAAAACUCUGGUGGUUGGGGAGGAUGGUCGAGUAGUUGGAGUGUCAACUCCAUCAUAUCAACUGCAAGCGCUCUGACUAAUCAAGUGUCUCAAGGAUUAACUAAUGUGAUCGAUGCCAGCAUUGGGGCACCGGCUCCUGAAGAAUUAGCAUCUGUCGAUAGAGCGACAACAAAGACUGGUAUUAAUUCUAAAAGUGAUGAACACGUCGAAAAUUCUUCAGAAUCUAUUUUGGGCGCAAAUUACUUUUUGAAUAAUGUAAGUCAAUUCACAAAAAUUGUCGAGUCAACUGGUUCCAAAAUCAUUACUGGCGGUUUGGAUACCUUGGAAACGGUCGGCAAAAAAACUCUGGAAGUACUUCAAGAAGGAGAUCCAGGAUUACGAAAGAAGCGAGCUCUGUUUUUCCAAAACAGCGAAAAAAUCAAUCUAUCUCAGGUUUUACAAGAAGCUAAAGAAAAAGCUGAAAUUGAAUCGAAACACAACAACCAAGAAAAUGAAAUAGUCAAGGGAUACGCUUAUAUGUUUGAUCAGUUUCAAGGUUUAAUUCAUUUGGAGAGCUUAGAAUUGAUAUCCAAACAGUGUCAAAUGAAAUUGCAAACAGUUUUGUUGACUUACUCGGGUUCAAAGUUAACCGAUAUUCAAGACGAACUAGAACACAUCAAAGAACUUUGUUACCUUGAAUGCGACGACGACGAGAAACUAAUGGACAGCAAAGAAUUUCAAGACGCUUUAUCGCGUUGUACCGGUCAAUUUAAUUUCGACAUAAAAACAAACAAAAUAAUUAGGGUAAGUGAAAAAAUAGAAGAAAAAUCAUGUACAAAAGAUUCGGUGGAUAGCGUUCACGACGACGCUAUCGCCGCAUUAGCUGAAUUAACUGCAACGGCUAUGGAAGUAUUUUAUAAAUUGGGAGAAAUGUUGAUGAUCGACACAGAAAAGCAACAAGUUUCGCAAAAGGCGGAAGCUCUCACUCUCCUCAACGAAGCCAUUUGCUGUCGAAUUCGUUCCGUCGCCUACAACUAUGCGUGUUUGCUUACAAAACUCGACGCAGCCAGUACUUCCAACCAAAUAAGCGAUAUUUACCUCGAAUCUUCAAAUAGCAGUUCUUACAUUCAAGACGCUGCACAAUUAUUGACUCCGAUUCUACAACUAUACGUGAUCUAAUUCAACGCGGUCUUAAGUAAAAUACAAAAAAAAUGUAUUUAUUGUCCUAUAAGAAUGUGUGUUAAGCACAUAUUUUACCCUUUUUUAAAUAGUUUGCUUCGACAAUUUUUUUUAUGUAAAAUGUGUUUAAUACAAAACUUCAUACAUAAUAAUAUGUGUAGUUGUACUUUUACUUCCAUUUCAUUAUUGUUUUUGUAUCACUUUUAUAAUAUACCAGUCAUAAAUAAGAAAUGAACAGGAAGUUUUAAAAUAAAAUAUACUCAUUCGAUAAUAUUUUGUAAAAACUGUUAAUUUGUUUAUUAAAAAAAAACAUAUAAAAACAUUUGUAUUAAUGAACCUGAAUAGCUUCAAAAUCCUGGUCAGCACAAAUCGCCUGAAAUAAUUUUAAUAGCACACCAUAAAUGGGACAAAUAGGAACGCAACCAGAAAAACAUAUUUGAAUUAUUCUAGCAUUAAAAAUGUAAUCGUUUUGGUUCAUCCGAUAAAUGGUAAAUAUAACAAAAUAGUAGAAAAACACAUAUUGUUAAAAUUAAAGCACAUAAAAAAAAAAACAAAAUAUCUUUUUCUAGCUCGUUCCUAUUUAUCCCGUUUUUAUUUAUCCCAUUUUACGAUAAUGAUUGUUUUAAUUUGUCCAAAGCAUUUAAAUUAUAU